AUGGCUACAGAAGUUGCAUCGCAACCCGAUCCUACUCUAGGCGUGACAGGAUAUCGCGCGAGAUGGAAGCAUCUGGACACAAUUCUCUCGCGUGAGGGAGCCUUCACAGACCCAGACUUUGUACCCGGCGACGUGGUCAUUCAAACCCUCGAAUCAGCAAGAGUUCUAGUCAUCGGAGCCGGUGGCCUUGGAUGUGAGAUCCUCAAGAACCUUGCCCUCUCUGGCUUCAAGAACAUCGAUGUCAUCGACAUGGACACGAUCGACGUAUCCAACUUGAACCGCCAAUUCCUCUUUCGCCAGUCAGAUGUUGGAUCAUACAAAGCUGAGGUGGCCGCACGCUUCGUUGAGAGUCGCGUCAAAGGAGUCAAAAUUACGCCAUAUUGUGGCAAGAUCCAGGACAAAGAUGAGGACUACUACCUCCAAUUCAACAUCAUUGUCUGUGGCCUCGACAGCAUCGAAGCGAGGAGAUGGAUAAACGCCACAUUGGUCGGCAUGGUGGAUGACGAAAACCCCGACUCUCUGAAGCCUUUGAUCGACGGUGGCACUGAAGGGUUCAGAGGCCAGUCUAGGGUCAUCCUUCCUACUGUGACAAGCUGCAUCGAGUGCCAGCUGGAUAUGCAUGCUCCUCGUGCUGCCGUCCCGCUGUGUACCCUAGCCACCAUUCCUCGCCAGCCCCAGCACUGUAUCGAGUGGGCGCACCUCAUCGCUUGGGAAGAGGAGCGCAAAGACAUGACUCUCGACACGGAUGACACCGAGCACAUUUCUUGGUUGUUUGCAAAGGCGUUGAAGCGUGCGCAGGAGUUCAGCAUUCCAGGUGUCACGUACUCGAUGACACAAGGAGUGGUCAAGAACAUCAUCCCGGCAAUUGCGUCGACCAAUGCCAUUGUGGCGGCUUCGUGCUGUAACGAAGCAUUCAAGAUCGCGACUAGCACGAACCCUUUUCUGGGCAACCCCGGUACCAACAACUACAUGAUGUACAGUGGGGACGACAGCAUCUACACAUACACGUUUGAGCACGAAAAGAAGGCCGACUGCCCCGUGUGCGGCAACCUGGCCAAGGAGAUAUCUGUUAAGAAAGAGUGGACCUUGCAAGACUUUGUCGAGCAUCUGGCCGAGAGACCUGAAGCACAACUCAAAAAGCCAUCGAUUCGGACUCAGGAGAAGUCGCUCUACUACUUCUCACCUCCCAGUCUCGAGGCGCAGACUCGGGCCAACUUGAAGCGCAAGCUGGAUGAACUGUUGUCGGACGGACAGGAAGUGGGAGUUAGCGACCCUGCUUUCACCAUCGACUUCAAGUUCAAGGUUCGCUUCACGUAG